GUUGUCGACUGCUUCGGCGCCGAAGUUCCCGUAUUGGCUCUCGCCUACCCCACCCUGCCUGAACUCCUGUCGGACAAGGUUGUGGGCCGUCAUUUCUCCACCGUGGACGAGUUGGCCUCUCAGCUCACCUCCCUGCUAAUGCCCAAGGAGGACUUUGAGGGUCCUGCGGAGUCCCGGGAACUCGCCCGUUAUCGUAGCAAUCUGCAUCAGCGCAGGCAGUCGGACCUUCAGGACUGGCAUGCCCAGUGGCGCAGAAUCGUCCUGCCUGUCUGCAAGGACUUGCUCUCCGCGCGGGCGCGCAAAACCGCCUGA